AAAGAUUCAACAGCCUGUCGGGGCUAAAAAAUAAAUAAAAAUAAAAAAAAAAAUUAAAAUAACAACGUGGUUAAAGCGAAAAAAGCUACAAAAAUGAUACAUAAUUAGCCCAGGAGGAAACAACUAAAUAAAAUGUUUGUGGAGCAAAGGCAACAAAAGAUUUGAAACCGAACAACAACAAGGUGCAGGACCAGGAGCAAGAGCAGGAGCAAGAGGAGGUACUGGUGCAGAGAAGGUGCUGCCGUCGCCUUUAAGCGCCACUUGAUGCCAUCGUGACACACAAAAGGGAAUCCAUUGAAAAGGCAAUUGACGAGCAAAACGGAGGAGGUAACUAGCUAGGUGGCAGCGAUGACAGUGACGCGUCCCCACGCCUUGCCACCCAGAUGACGGGCAGGCACAAGCAGUAGCAGGAGCAGGAGCAGCACCUAACACAAACCCGAGGACAAGACAAGACCGAUCAACGUCUCAACGCGUCGAGGAGAAUGCAAAUAGGCGCUAAAGACAGCAGCCAGAGCAGCAGCAACAACCGCCUCCAGCCACCAGGACCCGAGCCUGCUCCCGAGCCAACUGUAGCCACUGUUUAUCGGGGCCAACAUGGCGGAUGCGGACGAUAGCAAGAGUGGCAGUGACGGCAGUGGGAGUGCGAGUGGCAGUGGUCGUGGCAGUGGUGCCGAGUCUCUGCAGCUGCUGACCAAGCUGGACAAGGCUGUAUCCACUAACGAUGUCCUGCUGGAUCUGCAGAGAGCCCUCACCUAUGAGGCCGUCUUUAGCACUCUGGUGGAGCACAAGAUGCAGGCCCUCAAGCGAGACUACGAGGAGCACAAGAAGGCCAAGAGGCGGAAGCGCAAGUCCAUUGGUCGCAUCUUUCUGCCAAGAAAGCUAUUUGGUGGCAGUGGGAGUCGCCGUUCCAGUCGGGAGGAUACCCCACCGCCAGCGGAAGAAGCUCCGCCAGGGCAAUCAUCAUCAUCAUCACCACCAGCAGCCGCCGCCACUAGCAAAGCCAAGACAAAAGCCAAGAGCCGGCAGGAUGACAUCGAAGAGGCCUCCGGCUCGUUGGCCAGCUUCCAGCGAACCCAUGCCCGGCGGCCAGAGAACUUGGAAGAUAGCCUGGCCAGCACGCUGAGCAACUCCUCGGGUGCCCAGCGUCAGCCCAGGCAUAGUCACAGCCUACUGGUCCGUGCUCAGACCCAUACACCGGCCCACCAGGUGGAUUUGGAGGCGGUUCGCCGGUCAAGCCGCAGCAGCAGCUCGGAGGGAGAGGCCGAGGUCCGUUCGAGGACCCAGCUACCCGGCAAACAUUCCACAACGAUCAACGGCGAGUCGGAACUACUGCCCCCGAUCUCCGGACACGACAAUACCUCGACGACUGCCACAGCAACUGCCACAGUUACCGCCGCCGCUGGUGUCAGCGGCAGUGUCCUGCACAGCUCCACGCUGGCGGAUGACAGCCUCACGGCCUCGCUGCGCGGCAGCCUCGAGAGCCUCUCCUACAGCAGUUCCCGUUGCACGGUCAGCUUUGGCGGCGCGGAGGUGAUGCCUUCAGCGGGCAUGGGACCACCAGGAGCAGGGCCAGGUGGAGGGUUAACCGGAGUGGAGGCGGAGGCCAGGGAGCGGGCGCGUCUGGCCAAGCGGCUGAGGAUACUGGAGGCCAAAUCGAUCAGCGCCCAGUGCAGCCCCAUCUUUCCCAGGCAUGUGGUGCGCUCGUUUCCACUGCAGGCGCCACAACAAGGGCGCCUGCACAUCAAUGUUCCCUCCAGCCUGGCCAAGCCUCAGCCUCAGCCUCAGUUACAGUUGCAGCAGCCCCACGUGGCCUUGGACAUUGAGACGCUGCCCGCUCCACUCCCACAGCGUCGUCGCCUCCUGCCCAAGCAGCUCUCCUGCACGGAAAGUGGUGGAGCUGGAGAGUUUGGUGUCUCUGGUGGAGUCGGUGGAGCGGAGGCCUACUCCCGCUACUUCUCACGCCAGAACACCUCGGAGGACAGUGCCAAUGUGACGGUGAGCACGGUGCUGGCCCAGAGCGAUUCCCAGUCACUGCAUGCCACGCCCAGCUAUGCCAACACGCCGCCGGCUUUGGCGAGGGACAUCAUAGUUAGUCAAGAGCGACGCAAGUCGCGCAGCGCAGGACUCUUGGCAGGGCGUCCGCCUGUAGGAUCCACAGAUGUGGUUAUUGCCAUGGAGGGAGCAGAAGGAAAAGGAGCAGGAGGCCCAAGAAACCGAGCUGGAACACGAACCUUAGUGCCCGACAAGCUGCACCGGAUGACUUCCACAUCGACGGGGUCCAGUAUGGCAGCCACCGGCUGCUGCAGUGCAGCCAAGCCCAAGGAGAGACCCAGUGAAGUCUUUAGGCCCACAAUGCCCUCCUCCGCGGCCACGACAACGGCCCAGAGCACGGGCAGUGAUGACGAGUACCGGCGACGGAAACGGAAGUACAAACGCCAUCAUCGCUGCUCGGAUCCUGCCUUGGUCUAUCCCACGCCCAAUGGUAUACAGCACUAUGUGCAUGUGCUUGGCAUCCAUCCGGACACACAGCAGCCCAUACAAUGCCCGUACGGCGAGGACUCGCCCUGCGACCUGCAGCUGGACAUGGACCUGGAUCUGGACACAGAUGCCGAUAAAAUCGACGACCUUGAGCAGAUGGUCCCCAGUGGUCAUCAGCGGCAUCGCCGAAAGCAUCGUCAUCGUCACAAAAAGCGACAUCGGCACAAAAAACCAAAAAUUCUGGUACAGGACUUGGACACAGAGGUUGUUAAGGUGAUCGAUCCCCAUGAUCUGUCACAGCGUGCCCGCUGGACAAUAAUAGCCACCGCCUGUUUGUUGCUGCUCAUGUGCCUCAUGCUGAUCGGGGUUACCUUGCGUAUGGCACCGAUCAUAGACGAUAUGGUGCGACAGGAGAACGAGCGGAACUUCCGCGAGAAUCUGGAGCGCACCUGGAUGAUGAAGAAUCGCACCGAGCUGAAUCUGCAGCGCCAGCAGAUGGACAUGCAGCUGCAGGUUCCGUGAACGGAAGGAAGGAAGUGACACCGAUGGCAACAGAUGCGACCGGAUCCGGAUGCGAUGUCAGAUGCGCAGAGGGGGAAAUGUCAGCGGUUGGCAGCAACAACCAUAAUAACAACGACGACACUGGCAAGGACACAACCAAGAGUUUGUGUGUGGCAGGAAGCCAGAGGGGAGCUUCUUGUACCGCUCCAGCCUUGUCCCCUUUUUAACCAUUAAUUUUCGUCCUCCUCGUUUUCUCAGCCCUAAUCAACGUUAUGCGCACAAAAGCAACCAAAGAAUAACAACAAGAGAUCGAAAAAAAACAAAAACAUAGAAAACCUAAAACAAAAGAGAGAAAUUGUUAACUAAAAAAUAAUAGGAGGAGCGAGCACUCCGAAGUGCUCGGCUAAAGCUAAAGUUAAUGCUAAUUGUAGUUAAGUCUGCCCCGGCGGAAAUCACUUGUUUUAUAUCUAACUGAGAGGUAGACUCCACUUAGAGCAAACAAAAACAAAACACAAAAAAAAAAAACAGAAGAAAAUCAAAAGUGAUGUCAGUUUAGUCAAAAACGUUGUUUAUAGAGUUACUUCGAUGGCAUUUUAAAUGUUAGGUCCGGCACGUUCUGGUUCUUCAAUUCGCCAACAAAAAAAAUAUGUGUAUACCCAUUUAAAGAUCUUUAUAUUUGGUUUCAUUUAAGUCUGAUGUAAAAAUAUAUAUGGUUUUAAUUCGAUUUCCGGCGAAAUCAUUUACCAGAACGGACUCGAUUGUCCUGUAAUUAUUGUGCUUAGGAUCUAGUGCAGGACGACGACGCCAAUUAAGCGAAAGGUUUCGAUUGUUCAGUUGAUUAGCCAAAUGGUUUCAAUUUUUCUUUAGCAGAGCUUUUCCCUAGGUUUUCCUUAGCCCCCCGCCCCCACCCCCAUAAAACGGCGUCGUCGAGCAAAAGAAAAAAAUAGUACAGAAAAGAAAGUUGGUCAGUAGUUAUGUCUGAAACUAAGUUGUUAACUGAAAAGUACUCCUAAGUAAAUGUUAAUAGCAAUAAACAACAGAAAAGUUUUUGUAUCUCUUAGAUGGCGAAAUGAAUGAGAAGCGCAGCAGUAUUCCAAAAUACAGUUUCGGUAGCAGAACAGAAAAAUACGAUUUUCAUAGGAUAAACACACAACACAAUAAUUGUAAAAGAAUCUAUAGAUUUAUUCCCCCACUUGGUCCUGGAAGGAGUGGAACUUGUGCCAAAAAAAACAAGGGAGAAAUCCUAGUAGGAACAAAGCAACCCAGGUUGCCUAGAGUAAAAUUAAUAAAAAAUAAUGAGGAGUGUGAGAGUUAAUUAGCGGAUCGAUGUGAAACUGUUACUUAAGUGCAAAACGAGCUUGUUGUCGAAUUAAUUUUAAAGAAUGAAUUAAAAACUAAGUGAAACUAAGCUAAAUGUUACAUGUUUUUUUAGGUGUUCAAUGUUACAAUUAAUUUGUGCAGCAGCGCUAGCCCCUCACUAUACUUACCAUAUAUGUACUGUAUAGUAUAUGUACUAAUUUCAAACAGCCUGUGUGCUCACUCAGUUGCAAAGUUUAACGACAAAAUUUAGCUUGAAGCUAACUUCUAUCGGUUUCAGCAGAGAGACGAGCGUUGAUUGCUUUUGAAUACAAAGUUAUAAACGAACGAAUUGGGCCUUCUUCAACUUUCUCCCUUAAAUUACAAUUUACAAUUUCGAUUGGGAAAAUAUGCCCAAAAACAUUCGCUCAACUGCACAUUUUGCAAAUUAAAAGCCUUCUUGCCAAGACAAAUGUGAGUUUGACAGCCUAAACAUUAGCUUAAUGCGUUUCCACAGCCACAAACCACAAGGUUUGCCAUUGAUUUAUUCACAUAAAUCAGACAUGUCUGAUAUAUAGACAGGGAAAAAUUACAAAGUCAUUGUAAUUGGUAUUAAAUAAAUUGUUUUGCUAGCUAUUACGGGGAAUUUAUUCCAUAUAAACCAUUAUUUUAAAAUUAGAUUAGAAAAUAUCUUGUGUAAUUGGUUUUUCGAGAAGUUAAUUGCCAGUUAUAGGCUUUUUUGUUAUCUAAAAGAACUCUACACAAUCUUAAUUGUUUAUUUUAAGCUUCUUUGUUGAAUAUUUAUUGCAAAAAAAAUAGUUUUGCCUUAAAUAAGUUCACAUUCAUAUUUAUAUUAAAAACAUUCGUUUAUGGGUUUGAUUUUUUAGAGGUUUUCUGGCAACUGUAUUCUUUUUUUAUAAAUUUAUUAUUUCUUAGAGACCCUCAAAUAUUCAUUUCAAGUUAUUUUAAGAAAUAUUUUUGAAAUAAAAAAUGAUAUUAACAAUUUUUCGGUUAAUUUAAAUAAUUUAAAAUACAUUCUAUAAUUGGUUUUAUUGUUUCGAAUGGUUAUUUUGGAUGUUAUAUCCUUUAAAAAUAA